CACUUUUGCCUAAAAGCUAAGAUCUGUCGAAUCCACUUCCAAUUAGCAACCCAAAAUCGAUUCAACAUUGUCGCUGGCCAGAAAUUCAGAUUCUCCGCCGCCACAUUCUCCAGCUCAGCCACUGUUGAGCUCAAAUUCAAGCCACCAGUGAGCUCUAACCUUGUCGCAGCCACCAAUGAGCUCUAA